UUGCAGCUCUAAUUUUGAAGGCUUCCAUUUUAAAUGCAAAAUCAUGACACAUUUACGCUGUAAAUAUAAAAUGGUGGCAACGUUGGAUGACAUUAAAAACAUCUAUUAAUUAUUAUUAGUUAACACACAAACUGAGUUGCUAUGAAGAUAAACGAGAAAAAUUUAUGUGUUUUUGCCAGAGCACCACCCUAUGAUAUGGAAGGGUUUCUUAACAAAAGGGGCGAAAUUAAUAGGGCUUUUCAAAGACGAUAUUUUGUGCUAAAGGGCAAUCUGCUGUUCUACUUUGAAACGCGAAUUGACAAGGAACCAUUGGGAUUAAUUAUAGUCGAAGGCUGUACCAUCGAAUUGUCAGUUGAGACGGAUAUGGACAAUUACUGCUUCGAGAUAGCAUUUAAUGGCAAUCGCACCUAUGUACUAGCCGCAGACACACAGGAAAGCAUGGAGGCCUGGAUGAAGGCGCUAACGUGUGCUGGCUACGAAUAUAAACGCAUUAUUGUGGCAGAGUUGCAGCGUCAGCUGCAGGAAAUUGAAGAGUCCAGAAAUAAAAUGCGUAGCAACCCCGCUGGUAUAACUCUGUCUGCUGAAACGGAUACAACGGGAAAACCAAAGCCGCCACCAAGGCGGCAAAAUCCCUUCAACCGUCCGGCACCGCCACCGCCAACAACUGAUGUAGACCUCCAAUGCGGUGUCGUGUCACCCAUGCCUUUUAUAACUGGAUACUUUGGAUCAAGCCAAGCGAAAGCAGAUCUGGACCAGCGACGUUCAAACCACGGCCUUAUUUUGCAAUCCACACCCAAAGCACGGCGACAUGGGAUAGGUCCAUCUCCUACUAUUUUCUACAAUGAUAACUUCACGACUUCCAGUCAAUCCGGAAAAUUGGCAAGCAUCACGAAUGUUGAGCGCAUGGAACAGCAAAUUCGCCUUGCGAAUGCCAUUGAGGAAUUCACACGCAACCACGAACAAUUUCGAAAAAAUGUGAUGUCGGAUAUUAUUGCGUAUCGUGAACGGCAAAGUCAACCCCUAAUACAAUUCUGAUUCAAUUUUGAAGAAUGAUUUGCUUUCGAAACGCAUCUCAUAACAUUUGUAUCGUCUACUUUGUGCUAAAUUAUAAAAUAUUCGUUUGUUAUACAAUGUAAUAUAUUUAUAUUCACGACUAUUUAUUUAUAUCAGCCUUGUUCAACUGUUUCCUUAUACUCUUAACUAAAAAUAGAGUGUUAAUAUUAACGAAAAAGUUAUUUGCAUAUUUAACUACUUAUUUAUAACUGGGAAAGAUACUCCCGUAGCAAGUCAUUUCUUUCUCGUUGUAUAACAUUCGAUUCUUCAAUCCGCUUGCUUAAUUCCCGUAUUGCGGCAAUUCUACUUCGCUCCAGUAUUAGCAAUUGCCGUUGCUGUUCUUCAGCCACCAUCGUCAUAUCGUUGCUUUGCUCUGCACGUAUGGUAUUAUUAUCAGUUUCAAGAGUGCAUUGCAUAUCGGAUAGCUCGUUGUGCUGCUCCUCGAUCAGAGCAUCACUUUCUGUUUUUGCAGUAGUGCUGUUAACGUUCUCAUUUUGAAACAUAUCGUCAAAUGUAUCAUAAUAUUCCCAGCCGACUCUUUUGCGUGCAUUUUUCUUGAGAGUUUCUCGACAUGUUCGAUACGUUUUUUUCAUAUUGCGCCAUUUACGAUCGCAAAUAUCCUCAUUUAUACCUUUGUAGCCAGCAUGUUCCAUAUCAUCCACAAUUUCUGUCCACAGAGCUCGCUUACGAGUUUUGGGGUCUCGAAACCUAUGACGACGUUCCGAAUACAGUUCGACUAAAAGUUUUGUGCUCUUCGAAUUCCAAUGCCACUCUUCCACGCCGCCUUCACAUUCCAAGUAAUAGUGUGUAGUUUCAGACUCUUCGUCCAUUAUAUAUGUAUAUCAAUAAUACGAGACCCAACAACAAAGACGGCAAUAGAGCCGGCAGAAUACAAAUUAGAGGUACAAAAACAUCGAGUGACACAUCGAUAACAGCGAUAUUUUCAAACCGUUGAUGGUUCGCGACCUCCUACGAUGUUUUCACAAGCAUCUAUGCGCGCGGGGAGAACAAAUUGUAAGUAAAUGAGUUUUUUAAUUUGUUUCUAUCAAAAAUUUGAUAAUAUUAAGCAAGAUAGAGAAUAACCUAAAAAGAGCGGAACCAACAGAGGAAUUGAAGCCGGAGUCAGCACAAAUACGGAAAAAAGAGCUAUCAAUUGUUUGAAGCUUCUUCAAAAAAAAGAAGUGAUAAGGCGCUUGCAUCCAAGUCGCAUGACCACUAAAAAGCAACCAACGCCAAAACCGAUGGCAACUUUUUUGAACAAGAAGCCGUACUACAACAGUCAUUCAAAUAUAAUAAAGAGACUUGAUCAAAAUAUGAUGAAUAUGAUUGCCAAAGACGUGCGCCACUUUUACGAUCUCAAAUAAAUCUUAUUGUUAUUGGUUGAA